CCUCUCUCUCUCUCUCUCUCUCUCUCUCUCUUUCUCUCUCCUCAACCAAACAUUCUCUUCAUGAAUUGAGUGAAAAAUUAGUGUAAAUCUGAGAUUGAAGUAAGUGGUUUGGUUUCAACAUACGCAAAUGGGUUGGAAGAAUGUCAUCUCCUUUUGUCCUGCUCCCAAUUUCCGGAACAUGUUCCAGUUAAGACCAAACGAACACAUGCUCGAAUGCCGUCAUACGAUUAAGUCUCACGGGGGACAACUAAUGAAGAACCACAAGCAUGAUUGGCUGAUACUUAUACUUCUUGUAAUCAUCGAGGUUAUAUUGAACAUCAUUCACCCGUUUUAUCGAUUCGUGGGAAAAGAUAUGAUGAUCGAUCUCAAAUAUCCUAUGAAAGAAAACACAGUCCCCAUUUGGUCGGUUCCCUUGUAUGCAGUUCUGCUGCCAAUUGCCAUCUUUGUGUUAUACUAUCUUCGGAGGAAAGAUAUAUAUGAUCUGCAUAAUAGUAUACUAGGACUGUUAUUUGCUGUGCUGAUAACCGCAGUUCUUACAGACUCCAUAAAAGAUGGAGUUGGUCGACCCAGGCCCGAUUUCUUCUGGCGUUGCUUUCCCGAUGGCCGUGAAGAGUACGAUACUUGGGGCAAUGUUGUUUGUCAUGGUAAAGAUAGUGAUAUAAGAGAAGGGCACAAGAGUUUCCCAAGUGGCCAUACUUCAUGGUCGUUUGCGGGUCUUGGUUUUCUAGCACUAUACUUGUCGGGAAAAAUCAAAUGCUUCGAUCGGAGGGGACACGUGGCGAAAUUAUGCGUUCUUUUUCUUCCGAUUCUUGCUGCAUGUCUUGUUGGUGUUUCUCGUGUGGAUGAUUACUGGCAUCACUGGCAAGAUGUCUUUGCUGGGGGUCUGUUAGGGCUUGUGGUGGCUAUUUUUUGCUACCUGCAGUUUUUCCCAGCUCCAUACGACACAGAAGGGUGGGGCCCGUACGCGUAUUUUCGAGCGGUAGAGGAAUCUCGUACGAGUGCUCAGCCUUCGAUUGUCGAAGAUAUUAACAACCAACAACAACAGUAUAGAGGAAACAAUGUCGACUCAACUUUUGAUGCAAUGGAGUCGGGAAUAAGGUAGAACUGGAAAUUAUUAACAUCGUAUUUCCUCCGUAACCAAAAUCUCUUGUUAAUAUGUUUGGCUGCUCAAUUUGUUUAGUUUCUCUUAUUUCUCAUUGUGAAGAGUUGUUUGAUGAUUUGGAACCCCUUUUGAUUUGUAAUCGGAGUGAAUUCGCACUUUCUAGCUUGUAUAAAAUCUAUUUUGCGGUUUGUUUACCAAG